UUUUCUCAAGUUCCAUUUUAUACCACUUCCCCCCCAUCUCGUCUUAGUUGGGACUAUUUAACCCACUUUACUGCAAUUCCGCGCAUCCACGUGCACGUUUCCCGUUCGUGCGCUUGCAGUUCUUCCCUCCACCUGCAUCCUGCCUGCGUUCGGCGUGGUAAAAAGAAUGAGAACAGUUGUCUCAUGUGCUGACCCGGUGAUCCAUCUGGUGCCUGUCCAUGGUGCUGAACCGGCUUCGUGAGUCUUUUUCCGGCUGCUGGUGCGUGUGAAAUCAUCCGAGUUGUACAGAAGAAAUCCAUCUGGACUCAUCUUGAUUAAGAGCAAAACACCCAAACUGGAUGGACGACGCCAGGGACUACUUAGGAUAUUAUAUUAUUAUAGUAAAACAAAACAAAAAAUAAUAAUAAUAUUAAUAAUAAUAAUUAACACAAUUUUCUUUCGGCUGCAACGACAGUAGGAGGACCACGUUCAAGAAAUAAAACUUGUCCCAAAUACCAAAUGGUAGUUUGAGGAGCCCCCCACCCGCCACCCCCGCCCCCCAACCGGUCAAGACAAUGGAGGCGUCCGCCAACGGCUCCAGUUUCGGCAUCGACUCGCUGCUCUCCCGCAGGCCCGGAAGUCCGCUCUCCAAGGGGGACAGCCUGGCGGGGGAGUGCCGCUCGCCUCUGGAGUUCAGCCCGAGAACCGACGCGGAAAGCGGCUGCUCGUCGCCGCCCUCGCCCAGGAGGGAGUGCGCGGACGAGGCGGCCCAGAGGCAGGGACACGGCGUCGGCCUGCCGCCUCACCUCCAGCACGGCGGGGCCCAGCAGAGGACCAUGACCUCGUCCUUCCUCAUCAGAGACAUUCUGGCGGACUGUAAGCCUCUGGCCGCCUGCGCGCCUUACUCCAGCAAUGGACAACCCACGCAGGAGGUCGGCAGACUGGCCGCCAAGAUCGCCGACGACUUUUUGGAGAAAAUCCACAGUAACUCGUCGUCGGACAGCGAAUAUAAAGUGAAAGAGGAGGGGGACAGGGAGAUCUCCAGCAGCAGAGACAGCCCCCAGGUCCGGCUCAAGAAGCCCCGAAAGGCCCGGACGGCCUUCACGGACCACCAACUGGCGCAACUGGAGCGCAGCUUUGAGCGCCAGAAGUACCUGAGCGUCCAGGACCGCAUGGAGCUGGCCGCCUCGCUCAACCUCACCGACACGCAGGUCAAGACCUGGUACCAGAACCGAAGGACCAAGUGGAAGAGGCAGACCGCGGUGGGACUGGAACUCUUGGCCGAGGCUGGAAACUAUUCAGCCCUGCAAAGGAUGUUCCCGUCGCCCUACUUCUACCCACAGAGCCUGGUGUCCAACCUGGACCCGGGGGCGGCCCUCUACCUGUACAGGGGCCCCUCGGCGCCUCCACCCAGCCUGCAGAGGCCCCUGGUGCCCCGCAUCCUGCUGCACGGCCUGCAAGGGGGCAGCGAGCCGCCCCCCCCGCCGCCCCUGCCCCCCAUGUCCGCUGUCCUCUCCCGGCCGCCCCAGCAGCGGUGAGCCGGGCAUCCGGAUGCGACCAGUCGAAGCGAAAUAAAGACACGUCAAAUGACAACGAACGAACUCGUUAGGAGCUUUUAUGGUGCACAUCAUCAGAGACAUCAUGAACCUUUUGCCUCGACAGUCCUUCUGCAAGGAUCGCUCUCUUUUUUUUGUUUUUUGGGGGGGGGGGGGCUGAGAGGGGAGGGGGGACUUAUUUAUUAUUUAUUUAUUUCAAUCAAAAGUCUCUAAGUUAUGUAUUUAUUUGAAUUCAUUCAGUAUUUUAAAAUAUUUUCGCAACCUUAUACACGCUGGUUCUUUCAUUCUAUUAACCUCUAUUGUUAUUGUUGUUGAUUUUAAAAAUCAUUAUUUUUUAUUAUUAUGGUGGCGAGGGUGAGCGCAUCCUAAUUUUAAUUGUAAUAUAACUAGGAUCCAAAAGCUCCCUUUGCUUUCUUGUAAAUUAUGACUUUGACUUGACACUAAUCAUGUUCAAAUGUUAAAAUCUGUAAAUAAGAAUAUUUUAAAUUGCAGUGGCCAGAGACGUCUUCUUCUUAUUAUUUAUUAUUUUCUAAAACCCAUACAGUGUCUUUUUCACACCGCGGUGAUGCAGUUGAUCAUAUAGGCUAGUUUAGCCAAUCAAAAUAUACUUUACAGGCGUUCAAUUAUGGAAAUCAAUCUAUUCGAUACGUUUUCUUUUACAGUUGGAGUUUUCGAUUGAAAUAAAAUGCCAAUUAGUGUAUUUAAAAUGUUGCGUUUUCUCCUCUUAUUUUUUUUUAAACUACCCCUUCCAACAAAACCCCCAAAUGAUGACAGCCGGGUUCACCUGCUGGUACAAACAGCCUGUUGAUUUGCUUUAGAUGUAUUUGAACAGACGUUGUGAUUUAUUUAUUUUUUGGUUCAUAUGAAGCCGUAAUAACUUAAAUGUUCUCCGCUCUUUUGGUGAAAAAAAUAAAAUGUAACAUUGCCAAUGCAAGCUUGUGGAGUGGUUCUCGUUUUUCUUCCGUUCUUCGAGUUCCUUUCGGUAAAAUUUACAGCAAACGUUAAAAGAUGGGCGAAAAAAAAAAAAACAUAAAUGUGGAAAUAAAAGUUUGGGAUUUAAUCAUGUGACCAUACUUAUUUAGCUACAUAUACAAUGAAAAUUUUGUAAUCUGCAUAUGUGGAACUCAAGUGAGCCACUCAAAAAAUGACAACAAUAAAAAUGAUUUGAAAUGCAACUAAGUGUCAACAUAUUAAUAUAACUUAUAUUCUGCGUGUAUCAGUAUGUUAUAUAAUAGUCUUAUUUAAUUUUUUUUGUCUCAGAAGUAAUAAUUAAGGUAAUUAUAGAGGACAAUAGACAAUUUAAUUAUAAAAAAAAGCAAAAUCAUUUAAACACACUAGGGCAGUUUGCUAUUGAGUUUAUAGUUAAUGAAUCGACAUGGCAGACUAUAAAGAACAUGCUCAAUAUAAAUAUACAAUUUCGAUAUUAAAUUUAGAAAAUUAUUGGGCUUCGAGUCGUCAUUCAUUCUUUAAUCAAGUGUCAGUGUCGAUGAGCAAAGGUGCAACUUUUAUUAAACUUUGCAGCAAGCAGUUCAAAAUCAACAUUGCGGAUGACUCAUAUGAGAGAAUUGUAGUUCAAAACACUUUUCCCAAGUUUGUUUUAACAUCUGAAUUUAUUUAACGUCUGCUUAAGUGCAUUAAAAGGUUAAUUGAACCCCCCCUCCCAACCCCCAAAAAAGGAACCAAGGUGUAUAUUCAUUUAUAUUUCAUUAUAUUUCAUAUUUCAUCGCUUUUACACUGCUGUCAGAUACAACUUUUUUUUAUUAUGGGAUGAGGACGUCUACAGCUGCAUAUACAACUUGAACUUCAAGAGCGUGCGUGUUUAAAACGCCGCAGCAAAGCUUAUAGGGAGGCGCCAGCUUCAUCCCAUCUUCUGUUAAUAUCACCUGCACUUCCCUAAAUUAACAGCAGCAGCUCCACUUGGUUUUCCAUAAACAAUGCACGAGAUGAAAUAUUAAUGCCAUGUGCGCAAUUGUUUAAGUGUCCUAAAUGAUCCCAUUUGGAAAUUGAUUGUUUCCAAUCCUCCCCUUCCUGGAGGGUUCUGGAGGCUCGCUCCCGUUCCAAGCCCGGCCCAACAGCUGGCGAGCGGCCUCGGAGAUGACUGCAGGCCGGGGAUCAGCGUGGGGACAGCUGGUCAGCGGUGCAUCUCCCUCCCUCCCAGCGUCCCUCCCUCCAUCCCUCCUCCUCCCUCCCUCCAGCCGGAUCCUAUACACCCAUUCCAGCCAGACAAGUCUGCGUCAAAAAUCAGUUCAGGCGCUGACCAGCGAGCCUCGGUGGGUGUGUAGGAUGUUAACGAUUAGAACAAAAGACUGUAAUAGGUUUUAAUUGAAAGUCGAUAAUGUCUUUGAUAGGCAGCUCACCGCCCUCCCCGCUGCCGUCCGCGCAUGGCACCUGUUAUGCGGGGCCCCUUCCACUUAGCGCCCGUGAAAUAUCAGACUGACGGCCUGAUAACUGGCGCGUUUAUGAAGCGGAAAAUUGCAUUAAAAAUACAGUGCAGGAGGGGGAGUGAAACACCUUCUCGCUUGCCAAAAGGUCGUUACACUCUCAUCAUUGCGAUCCGUGUCUGAUUCACAUAAUGACCAAUAAAAGGUUAUUCUU